AUGAAGAAGUUAAUAUAUUAUAUUUUAAUAUUUUGGAAUAUUAGUUUGAUAUUUGGCCAAAAUUUUGAGCCUCCGACAGAAAAAAACAAUAUUGACGAUGAUGCUGAAUUUGGUAUUAGUCAGGCAGAUAUAAAUUCAGCGACUCAAGACGAUAUUGAAAAACUAUUCAAGCGAUUGGACUUUUUGGAAAAGCACGAUAAACAAAAAUAUGAAGCUUUGGUGAAACUUAUGCGUAAAACCGAGAAUGAUUUGAUUGGUUUGAAUCGAGAUUUGACAGCUUCGCAAUGUGGUCAAUUAUUGCUGAAAAAUGAUUUCACAAGAGCAUCUAAUAUGCUCAAAAGAGUUUAUACGUAUAAUUAUGACGAAGUGGUAUAUUUUGCAUAUGCCCAGAACAUAUCUAACUUCAACAAAAUCAUAGAUUUUGCUAAAAUGCUUCAUAAUGAAAAACAAGCAUUGAUUUUAUAUCAGGAGUUAUUCAAAUUAGCAAAAAGUGAUGCAAGUAUAGAUGAUUUGGUGAACAUGGUGGAGAAUAUCAAUAGGCAUUAUGCGUUACUUAAUAAUUGGUCAGAGUUCAGAAAACAAGUUUUGGAUUUGUUGUUAUCAAAGGUUGUCCACUUCGAUCAAGAACAUGCAUAUAGUCUUAUCAUAGAUGUUGUGAAAAAACUUUAUUAUAGACUUGAUCUCAACAGUUUGAUUAAAUUCGUUCAUGGACAUACCAAUAAACAUUUACGUAUUAAAGGUUACGCCGCAAUUUAUGAUAAAAUGGUUCAAGAUGGAAAUUUGCAAUCACAAAGUCUGUUUUAUUUAGCAACUAUGUACAGGAUGACAAAGGACGAUAUAAUUGAUGACUCCGUCAACAUCAAGCGAAAACUAAAUGGUCUCAUCAAUAAACUUCCUGAAUGUAUCAAAAAUGCAGCUUUAAUGCAGCAGGUGUGCAUAAAAAAUGUAGAUUCAGGAAAUUAUCUCAAGGUAUCCGAUCAGAAUAAAGAAAGUAAAUGGGAACUCGUAAUAUCACAUGGCGAGACUUCAUACCGCCGAACUAAGUGGAGAUUUGAUGUCAUGCAAGACGGUUCAUAUGCUACAAUAAAAAAUUUAUUUCUGAAUAUCAAUAUUGAAGAUAUUGGAAUAAAAUCGUUUUGGUUAGUCGUUUUAAGACUCACUUACCAUGCCUGGACUAUCCAUUCUGUUGGCGACCAUUGUUUUAUAAAGUUAUAUGGAAAUGAUGAUUAUUUCUUUUUGGCAGAUUAUGAAGGUAGACCUUCAAUUACAGUAGUAUACUCUACAUGGGAUAUUGAAAGUUGCUAG